CACUUUUUACUCGAAACGCUCAAAAUUUCUCAUAUUUAACUAACUCAAUAAAUAUCUUCUAACGGUUGUAAACGAAGGUUAUGGUUAUAAUAAACGGAAGAGAAUCGGAGGAGGAUGUUUUACUGGACGGUCAAAGUUUACCUCACAUUGAAAACCGACAGAGAAAUGGCCAAAGCAGCGAAGAGUUCGCUAGAUUCGUUUUUGAACGAAGUACACUAUACGGCAAUCUGAUUUACGCGUUCGUCAACAAUUUAAUCGUCUGGUACCGUAUAAAGGAACUGGCCACCUCCAUUUACGAUGCAUUAAGAAGGCAUCCUAUACUGGCAAUCGGAAUCGCCUGUGGACUGUUCAUUAUUACUCUUCCCUUUAUGCUAUUUGUGUUUUUCACACUGGCCACCGCUAUUAUGACAUUCACCGGAUUCGUACUCAUCGAAGGCACACUGAUCACAGUAGCAUCAAUGCUAUUGGUUGGUGUACUGAUCUGUGUAUUCUCUCUUCUGGCAUUUAUGGGCCUAGUGUUUCUGGCUGGUUACUUCGGAUUGUCCAGAGCGUAUGAUUGCUUGGAUAAGUGGAAUGGCGGUUUCGCAAGAUAUCCUGUAAAUUUAGAUCAUUAGGUAAUUUUGCACAUUUUUUUAAUUAGCAUAGUUAUUCUAUACCCAAAACCCAACAAAAGAAUCUCGAUUUUGUUUUUUUGUACUUAAUAUUCUAUU